GCCACCGGGCACGGGCCUUGUGACCGGAAGAGGGGCGGGUGCCGGGCCUGAGAGCCGAAGGGGCCUCCUGACACUGGUGAGGCAGCGGAGGAAAACACAGAGACUUUGGCAGUCGGCGGUCGUCACUGCCAGGGAGGGGUCCGGCGACAGCGUCCAGUGCCUGGUCCCCGGAGCGGCUCUGGCAGUGGCACGUCGAGGGGCGGGUGUAUGGGUGGUCGCCUGGGACGGGCUGGUGAUGCUGCAGUUUCUGCAGGCAGCUGCGGCUGGUACCUUCCCUCUGGGCUGAUCAAGAAGGAGUAAGCAGGAUGUCUGCCUUGGGUACUGCAGCACCUUACCUGUGUCAUCCAGCUGACAGUCAAAGUGGCCGUGUCAGUUUCCUGGGCUCCCAGCUCCCUCCAGAAGUGGCAGCAACGGCCCAGCUCCUGGGGGACCUGGAUAGGAGCACAUUCAGAAAGUUGCUGAAGCUUGUGGUUGGCAGCCUGCAGGGGGAGGACUGCAGAGAGGCUGCUCAGCACCUUGGUGCCAGCGCCAACCUGCCAGAGGAACGACUGAGUGUCCUGCUCGCGGGCACACACACCCUGCUCCAGCAGGCCCUCCGGUUGCCCCCCACCAGCCUAAAGCCAGAUGCCUUCAAGGACCAGCUCCUGGAGCUUGGCAUUCCCCCAGACCUGAUCGGGGACUUGGCGAGUGUGGUGUUUGGAGGCCAGCGGCCUCUCCUUGAUUCUCUGGCCCGGCAUCACGGGGCCUGGCUGCCCCAUGUUUCCAGCUUCAGGUGGCGGGUGGAUGUUGCUAUCUCUACAAGUGCCUUGGCUCGCUCCUUGCAGCCUAGCGUCCUAAUGCAGCUAAAGCUCUCGGAUGGGUCAGCGCACCGCUUUGAGGUACCCACAACUAAGUUCCAGGAGCUGCGUUACAGUGUAGCCCUGGUCCUGAAGGAGAUGGCAGAGCUGGAGAAGCAGUGUGAGCGCAAACUGCAGGACUGAACCUUGUGGUGGUGGGUGCUGCAUCUGGUACAAGAGUGCAGCCUUGCUGUCCAUGAGGCAGGCUCCUGAGUGUGGGUCUGAAUAUAAGGAAUGUAAUUUUCUCUUUAAGUGAAACGGAAAGCUGUGCUUUUCUUUUUCUUUUUUAUCUUUUAAGGAAGUAAAGCAAUGCCUGGAGUGGUGGUGCACAACUGUAAUUCUAGCACUUGGGAGACUGAGGU